CUUAUUGCUCCGUCCAAGCGGCAGACGCAGAACAAGGCGCGCAAAAGUUGCUGACGUCGCUGCAAGACGUGGAGAAAUUCAACCUCUUAGUAGAGAAGAAGAAGAUAUCGACUUACUGGCUAGGCAUCCCGCCCGGUGCAGUUUUUCAACACUUUCUGCAAGGCGGCAGCGUGGUCCAUCUCUUUGGUUAUUACGGUCAGGAGUGGGAGGAUCCGGAUGGAAACGCGCACGGAGUCGAGCUUCCAGAUUCGAGCAAGCGGGAGCAAGUCUUCUACGCCACAAGACUGACUUACGAAUCGAAGUGGUAUGAUAGAGAAAGUCACCAAGAUUCGCUGAAGCUGUGUGGGCGUGGAAAUAUGCCCCAGUCCUGGCAAGUCGACUUCGACGCCGUCUCUGGGCCAACUACCUUUGACGCGAAUCGUAUUGCCAGACGUUUUUACUCUCUUUGCCUUUCAGUUAGUUUCAUAUUCACUUCGUAUUGAUGGACCAAGGGCGACGUUUCUUUGUGCAGCUUGUAAAACGUCGCAUUUUAAUAAAUGCGACAUUUAAUCUGACGAGUCUACAGAACACGACGUCUCACUGUGCUUGAUAUGGUAUUGAAAACGAAAACUGUCUAUUGAACUGCAGGUCGCACAAAAGGAAAGCUGAAAUGGCAGAUGAAAAGAACUGAUGCUCUUCGGAGAAAUUGGUCUUUUACCUCUUGCUCUUCGGGAUCCGGUUCCAGUGCAGACCAUACGGGCGCUUUUGCCGAUACAGGUGCUUGAAGCUGUGGGCAAGCAGGCGACAGUCUAGCUGAAAACGGUGCUGUAUUCUUUGAUAUGACCCUGUAUGAUUUCUUUGAUAAUUUAUUAGUUGGACCAUAGGAUAAGGAUAAGCAACCAUUUUUUUUCGGAGGUGUGACAUUUUGCACUAUGGUGGCUGAAAGUAAAAAUCUUUUGACUUAGGGCCCCACUACACUCUCCCGUUUUUUUGCUGUACGUCCCUGAAACAUCCCUAUUCCGCUGGUUGAAGUUCCAUAUUUCAAACAGUAUAGAUAUCUGCGGACUACCGCGAAGGAAUGUUUUACAAAACUGACAGACGGGAAACAGUGCUCUCAACAAUAUUUUUUCGGCAGCAGUCGAACUCGUAAUAAGCACUUUUUUUCGGAUUUGCACGAAAUAUCCGGUAUGGUUUUGCGUACAUCUAGGUACCUUUGAAGUGCAGUACGGUGUAAUGCGGGGUCUUCCGGUUUUUAUUUCAUAUGUAUAGCGACAAUAGAACGAUAACGAAGUACGGAUUUGAAAUUUAUGCGAAGUCGAUUAAAGAUCCAAUUAUUCCUGUUCAUUUUUUCGAUGAUUUGAGAGCGCUAUAUGGACACAGAACACAGGUUUCACGACGGUUUCUCCUCCGUCCUCAUUCCUUCUAUUACAACCCCAUCGGAUUUGGAGAUGAUGGUUUAUUCUCUUUUUCUGUGAUACACUGAC